AUGUUUGUAACAGAACUAGGUUGGUUGAAAAGGGUAAAUAUUGUAAAGGCUGUAGCUAAUGGUUUGGAUUAUAUGCAUCACGACUGCUCACCUCCUAUAAUUCAUAGAGACAUUUCCAUUGCCAACAUCCUUCUUGAUUCUGAUUAUGAGGCACAUAUUUCUGAUUUUGGCACAUCCAAGCUUUUAAAGCUAGACUCAUCCAAUUGGACCGCAAUUGCACAGACACCUAUGGCUAUAUCACGCCAGCUUGCUUAUACAAUGGUCGUGACCGAUAAAUGUGAUGUGUAUAGCUUUGGGAUUAUUGCACUAGAAGUGAUAAUGGGAAAGCAUCCUGGUGAACUACCAACAUUGUCUGCUGAUUAUCUGGUGUCAUCAAAUGUUGGAGAUAGUCGUAUUCCACUACCUUCACCACAAGUCGAGAAAAAAGUGAAUUUGGUUGAGAUUGCAAUCGUGAGUUGUAGAGAUCUUAAUUCGGAAGAAUCACCAUCAAAAGUUGACCAAUAA